AUGAUUAAUACUACAAACGGCAAGCACUAUACAGCAUGGUUCCCAUUCGAUGUUUCGCAUGUGCCCAAAGAGGACGGUUUUUAUUCUUCAGGAUUCUAUGCUGCAUGUACGCCUUUGGAAGCUAUUCUGCUUAGUACAUUAGAUUGUUUAUAUCAGAUGGAAUGUCUUCAAGUACUCAACAAAUAUUUUCCAAAAAUUAGUGAAUUCAAUAUCGAUCUAAAUGCAUCUCGUUUAUUGUCUAAACCAUUGAAUUUAUCUGUUGAAAAGCUUCUUUUGAAUCUUUUUAUUGAUGAAGAACUACCACCACAGGUCGAUUAUCCAAAAUAUUUUGAUCGAUGUUCACCAUCAUAUUGUAUAUAUACGACAACAGAUGAAAUUAAUAUUGCUUAUGCAUUAACACUCUUCAUUAGUCUUUAUGGUAGUUUAAUCGUUGUUCUUCGAUUCAUCGCACCGUUACUCAUUCAGUUUUAUUUUAAACUUCGCAAAAUUGUGACAAAUAGAGAUAUUCGUCAAAAUCUAUCAGUACAUAUGAAAGAAACUUGGAUGAAGUUUAUUCGUAAAAUGAAACGAUUGAAUUUAUUCAAAGAUAUUAAUGAAAGGACAGAAGAGGCAACUCAACAACAAAGGAUCAAUACACGUGUAUAUUUACUAUUACUCUUGGGCAUUCCACAUCGUCAUUUUAUAUCGCUAUCUCCUCGAUUCCAUCAAAUAUGCACGAGUGAUCUUCUUAAUGAACGUUGGAUAUCAUUGUUGAAGGAAGAUAAACGUGCGAACGAUGUGAACGAUUGGCGUAAUCGAGCAUUCACACAAUUUACAUUAUUGUCUAAUCUUUGUGAACUAGCUCGGAAGACGGUUAAUGAUAGCAUCGAUCGCUUUCUGCUUGAAUCUUUCGUUUCUGCAGAUCUUGUCCGUGAAACAGAAUUAUCGAUACAAAUAAAUUUAACAUUACAACAGUUUUUCACCUCCACAAUUUAUCCAUUCGAGAUUCUUAAUAACCUAACACAUCUUCUAAUGCAAGUUGAUCAACCUUUCAUGGGAGUAGUGAUGGGACAUGGUUAUGGUUAUAUGCCAAAUUUGUUGAUGACGGACGUUUCAGAUGCAAUCAGUGGUAAAAAAUCAGUGGACUUUAAUCUAUCCGGCACUCAUGAUAUCAAUACAAGAUCGAUCAAUUGUGUCUGUAUCGCAAAUCCUAGUUGUAACAGUCCGGCUGCAAUGUAUGACGAGAAUGAUCAUUAUAAUUCGUCGCAUAAUCGAUAUAACAUUACACUUAUCACUGGCUUAAUAGAAGGAUGUUUUGUCUUUGAUUCUUUAUUAUUAUCAACAUUAGAAUGUUUCUAUUCGGACUCAUUUUGUUAUCGAUUAUUAAUGUCAAAAGUCAUAUAUGCGGUACUCGGUCGAGGCGAUUAUCCGUGGUAUGCAAUACGUCCAUUGGUAUAUGAUCCAACAAGUCGUUAUCCUUCUAACAGUUCAAUUAAAACAAUUCUUCAAAACUUAAUGAUUGAACAAUGGAAUCCACAUAAUUCAUACGAAGAUUAUUAUCGAGCAUGUUUACCAACUUAUUGUAUUUAUUCACAAGUAACUAAUCAGAAAACCCUUCUCAAAAUCAUUCUCAGUUUAAUAUCACUAAUUGGUGGUUUAACUCUUGUGUUACGCAUCAUUGUUCCCCAUCUUGUUAAGUUCACUCGUCGUUGUUUUCGAAAAAACAGACAACAACAGCAACAGGUAGAAGAAGAUGAACAACAACAAGUUCAUGUGAGUAUUUGCAAUCGAUUACGAACAUUUCUACGAAAAAUUGCAUCCCUUGUGUAUGCCAAAGUAGUUGAACUGAAUUUAUUUCCUCAACGAGAUUUCGGAAGUAGUUUUAAUCCUGAAAUAUAUCAACAACUUGGUCGAUGGGCUACUCGUUUAUUUAUUGUGUGCUUAAUAUGCUCAUUUCUUCUGCUCUUAGUUUAUCGAAUCAUCGAGCCGGCGACGUUGACAAAAACAUUUUCGGAACCUAAUUUUGAGCGAUAUCAAUCUUUGAAAGAAAAAUAUAAAGAUCAAUUGACAUGUAUUUGUCAAUCAUUUGCAACUCAAUAUGAUCGCUUUCUUGAAAUUCAAUAUAAUUUUCAUCAGAUAUGUGAAAGUGAAUUUGCAACUAAUGAAUGGAGAACCGAAAUAGCAUCGUCCAUUGUUGCGAAUCUGUCCAAAUAUGAUAAACGAGAUUAUCGUCGUCAUUUGACAAGUCAUUUACAAUAUUUACAUGGUUUAUGUCAAUUAUCUAACAAAACCGUUGAAGACGAUCGAGUUCAACUAUUGUCUCAAUCGUUGAUCACAAAUGAACUACUAUCCGAAAAUGAAUUUACUAAUCAUUUUAAUGCAUUUGAAAAACAACAUCGGUUAAAUCUUCCGAAAUUAUUCAAUCGUCUGUUGAUGUUAAUGUUAAAUAUGAGCCAUGGUAACGCAUUCAUGUCUACAUUGGGAACUAAUUAUCAAUAUCUCACACCUUGGGACUAUCAUCGUCUAGAUUAUUAUUAUUUCACCUUUACUGAAGCUCUGCUGUAUGAUCAUCAAUGUUCAUGUGCAUUAUCUCGUUAUUGUAUUAGUGAUGCACAUCUAUUUGAAAAUAAUUCUUCGAAGACGAUAUUCAUCGAAGGAAUGAAAAUCGGUUGUACACCAAGUGAAUCAUUUCAUCAAUCUACUCUUCAAUGUUUUUAUAAUUCAUCAUGUCUUCGUCUUCUUGUCAAAAAUUCCAUUGUUCCACUUGUUCUAAGAGAAAGUCGUUAUUUAAUCAAUACAACAGUUGAUGAACUUCGAAAGAAUCUCUUCCUUGAAAAUUGGAAUACAACAUCGAAUUAUUCUGCUUACUUUCAUGAAUGUUUACCAUCAAUUUGUUCAUACAGCUUAAGCAUUAUUUUCAAAUGGAUCUGUCCAAAAUUAGUUCUAGUGAUCUUUCAUAUUUAUCUUUAUCUAAAAAAGAAACGAAAUAAUUCUACCCAUCCAAUACCUUCAGACGUAACAGCUGAAAAUGAAACUGAAGAUGUCUGUGAAUCAAUUCCAUCGAUGACAACUCAUCAUUAUAUUGCUGUUAGUAAUUUCAAUAAUGAUAAUUAUAUUGAUUUAAGUUAUAUGGAUAGUCAGAAAGGUGAUUUAGUAAUACGAAUGGGAAAUGGUGCUGCAUCGUUUGGAGAUCCUGUCAGUUAUUCGAUAGGAAAUUUAACUUGUCCGACUGCCUUUGCCAUAGGACAUUUGAAUAAUGAUAAUUAUACGGAUAUCGCUGUGAUCAAUUAUCAUGCUGAGUUGCUGAGUAUUUUUUUUGGAUUGGGAAAUGGAAAAUUUGCGCCGGAAAAACAUCUAGAAACUAAGCGAUUGACUUUCUCUCGAUCAAUUGUUCUUGCUGAUAUCAAUAAUGAUUCAAUCGAUGACAUUAUUGUCAGUAAUUCUGAUAAUAAUACAAUCAGCGUUUUUAUUAAUCGUGGUGAUGGAAAGUUUCAUGAUGAAAAAGUUUCAUAUUUGCUAACAGAAUACUCUGCUGAACAUAUUGCUUUAGGAGACUUGAAUGGUGAUAAAGAAGUGGAUAUCGUUAUUUCAUUGAAGUACACAAUGAAUCAACCAUCUUCAAACAUUCCAUCAGCAGUAUACACAAAUCAAACACAUGUAGCGGUUUCAUCCGACGAUAUGAACAAUCACAGUUAUGUUCCGUUUGUGUCUUAUCACCAGAAUUCUUUUAAUACUUCGAGAAAUAAUUUUCCUUCACGUCCUUAUCCACAGCAAUUUUACAGACCGAUUAAUUACAACUCUCAACCUCAAUAUUUUCCGUUAGCACCAAAUCAAAGGCCACCAUUUAAUUUUGCUCCAGUCUCAACAAGAUUUACAUCAAGAACACAUCAGACUACAGAUGUACAAAACAUACAUCACAACCAACACCACAGAUACCAAGAACAACAAUGGGUACCGAAGAACAACUUUAAUCAAACAAACAAGACUAGUGUUCCACAAGGCCAAACACAAAUGAAAAAAGUUGCGAUUCCUUCUAGAGAAUUCACUCCUGAACAUUUAUACGCAUUAAAUACGAGCUUUGACAAAAUUCUUAACGACCAUUGUCUUUCUAAAACUGAUCUCGAACAACAUCUAGACAUUUAUCAUCAUUUACGAGAUAUUAUUCAUACUAAACAACCAGAUGCUCAAAUAACUUUGUAUGGUUCUUUAUUAUUCGAAUGUUGUUUGAAAGAAACAAGCAAUAUCGAUAUUGAUAUUCAAUUUAAUAAAACUUUACCGUAUGAAACCUUAAAAGAACUACUCGAUAUUGUUCGCACAUCUGAGCAUUGUAAAGAAGCUUACAUCAAUACUGAUCAUAAUCCGUUAUGUAUAGAUAUGUCUAUAAUUAAUUCAAAUAUACUCGUACGACUAACUUCAAAUAAUAUUCGUGCCAUUCAAUUAUCUCGAAUAAUUGAAAUUUAUACGAAAUUUGAUAAACGUGUACUAUCACUACUUCGUCUUUUUCGAAUUCUUGCAAAGACAUGUAAUCUUGAUAAACCUGAUCUUGGUACUCUGCAUCCAAUAGUUUUUCAUUUCAUGAUUAUUCAUUUUCUUCAACAACUCGAUCCACCUGUUUUACCUUGCCUUCACGAAUGUGUAAGUUUGCUUUUUUUUCUUCUUACAAAGGCAAAUUGUUUAUGAUUGCUAAAAAACAAGGCAUUCGGCAUUGAUAAAGCACCGGUGAUGGUAGACGCCGAUGAAUAUCCUGAGUUUUUUCAAAAAUGCAAUGAUUACGCAAGUCGAUGGAAAUCAGAAAAUACGACAAAUACUGAAAUGCUCUUUCUUCAGUUACUUUCUUACUAUGUCAACAAAUUCAACGUAACACGACUACUUAUUUCAAUACAAACUCGAAUGCCUCUUUUGAAAAAUGAAAAACAAAUGUUGAAUAGAAAAUUCUUUUGUAUAGGUAAGAUUGAUAUAUAUCUUGUGUCAUUCACACGAGUAGAGGCAAUACGUGAAAUUCU